AUGGAUAGGUUCUUAAUCGUCCUGGGAUGUUUGAUUCUGGCCAUUCUGACAACUUUCAAGGAACAUGAGAAGGCGUCUGCACACUGGCUGGUUAUUCUGGAAACCUUUGCCAUCUUACUCUUCGGAGCGGAGUUUGCACUGAGGGUCUGGGCGGCAGGAUGCUGCUGCCGCUACAAAGGAUGGAGGGGACGGCUGAAGUUCGCCCGCAAGCCGCUGUGCAUCUUAGACAUCUUCGUGCUGAUUGCCUCGGUGCCGGUGGUGGCCGUGAGGAACCAGGGCAACGUGUUGGCCACGUCCCUGCGCAGCCUGCGCUUCCUGCAGAUCCUCAGGAUGCUGCGCAUGGACCGGAGGGGGGGGACCUGGAAACUGCUGGGCUCUGCCAUCUACGCCCACAGUAAGGAACUGAUCACAGCCUGGUACAUCGGCUUCCUGUCUCUGAUCCUGGCGUCUUUCCUGGUCUACCUGGUGGAGAAGGACGACGUCUCCAUGGACAUGUCCAAUCAGGACAACCCCACCGCUCAGCCCAAGCAGCAGGACUUCGACACCUAUGCGGACGCUCUGUGGUGGGGGCUGAUCACUCUGACCACCAUCGGAUACGGAGACAAAACCCCGAAGACGUGGGCUGGGAGACUGUUGGCCGGGACCUUCGCCCUGAUCGGCGUGUCCUUCUUCGCUCUGCCUGCAGGGAUUCUGGGAUCAGGUCUGGCUCUGAAGGUCCAGGAGCAGCACAGACAGAAGCACUUUGAGAAGCGCAGGCAUCCGGCCGCCGGGCUCAUCCAGUCUGCCUGGAGAUAUUAUUCCACCAAUCCGGUCAGAGACGACCUCAUCGCCACCUGGAGAUUCUACGAAACAAUCAUUUCUCUUCCCUGUUUCAGGAAGGAUCACCUGGAGGCCAUAGCGAGCCAAAAGAUGAGUUUACUGGAGCGCGUUCGACUUCCCAAUGCCAGACCAUCAUCGGGGGGGCCGGGCAGGAGGCUCACAGGUCACAGCGACUCCAUCGAGGAGAGCCCGUCCAAGGAGCCCAAACCCGCCGGCUUCAGUAACCGGGAACGCUUCCGCACCGCCUUCCGCAUGAAGGCCUACACACUGCGUCAGGGCUCUGAAGACUCCGGAGGUCUGGCAGAUCCGGCCUUAGAGGAGCGGGGCUUCCCUCCGGACAUCCUCCUGGAGGAGAUGAUCCCCACGCUGAAGCUGGUCAUCAGGGCUCUAAGGAUCAUGCAGUUCCUCCUGAACAAGAAGCGGUUUAAGGAAACUCUGAGGCCUUAUGAUGUCAAAGACGUGAUCGAGCAGUAUUCUGCCGGGCACCUGGACAUGCUCUGCAGGAUCAAAUACCUCCAGACCAGGAUCGACAUGAUUCUGGCUCCUGGACCCCCCCUCACCCCGAAACACAAGAAAACUCAGAAAACGCCCUUUGCCUAUCCGCCGAAUCAGUCGCCCAGGAACGAGUCCUUCAUCACCAAAGCUGCCUCCAUGCCGGACGCCGACGACCAGAGCAUGAUGGGUAGAUUUGUCCGAGUGGAACGACAGGUGGAGGACAUGGAGAAGAAGUUGGACUUCCUGGUGGACAUGCACAUCCAGCACACUGAGCACCUGCAGGUGGACUCUGCCGGCGCCGCCCACAUGACCCUGGAGACCUGCGACCCCACAGGGACCGGUCCGAUCAGACGGGUGUUCUUCAACUACGAGCAGGCGUUUCCACACAUGUCGUACAAGGGGAAUCCGUACUGUGGCCGGGGUGGAAGAGGAGGCGGAGAGGGGAGGGGGUCAGCAGGAGGAGUCUGUGUACUUCCAGAUCAUCAACCCCCGACGUCCCACCUCUACCAGCGCAACCCCCCAGCUGCCAUCCCCACCUACGCUGAGCGUCCCACGGUGUUGCCCAUCAGCUCCCUGCAGGACUUGUCCGUGGGGCUGGGCAGGACCACAGGGGGGCGGGGGGGGGACUCCCCUCUCUCGAUGCUGUCGGUGAACCACGAGGAGCUGGAGCGCUCGCCCAGCGGGUUCAGCAUCUCUGGGGAGCGAGAGGGGGAGGACGGAGAGGAUCUGUCCACGGGGGGAAGGACGAGACCCAGGCCCAGCUACCUGGCGGAGGGGGAAACUGACUCUGAAACGGACCCCUUCACUCCCAGCGGGGGGGCCCUGCCCCUCUCCUCCACGGGGGAGGGGUUUGGUGACGCUGUGUGGAACACGCCACCCUGA